GACAUGUCGUUUACGAUUAAUAAAAAGCAUAUUUAGAUGUUUUAUUUUUCUCACAAUAUUUUUGCUUAGCAUUCAGCCAGUCUUCACCAACAUGAACAGUAUUUGUUAACUACUAACAUUUUUAUGGUCUAUAUUCCAUAUACAAGUCAGCUGGUGGGAGUGUAACACAGUUAUACUGGCUGUUUGAAGUGUCAUUCAGGUGGAAGGCACCGCCUACCUUCUAUAUACUGUGGUCUUCUGCUGGAGUGCAGAGAGACAGGACCACACAUCACUCUGAUUUCUUCUCAGCUUUACAGCUUGACCUACUACAUCUGUCAGGAUGGAGACUGUUAUGUCAAUAAAGAACAUGACCUUCAAGGUUGGACAAACCCUGACUGUUGUUGGAGUUGUUAAACCUGAUUGCAAAGAGUUUGCAGUGAAUAUUGGCCCCAGCGAGGACAGAAUUGCACUUCAUCUCAACCCUCGUUUUAACACCAAGGGAGACAUAAACAUCAUUGUUUGCAACACUUUUGAGGCAGGCACGUGGUGUCAGGAGCAACGGGAGAAACGCUUUCCUUUCAGCCUGGGAAAGGACUUCAAGAUUGUCAUCAAAUUCACUCCUUCAGAGUUUGAGGUGACUUUACCAGAUGGCUCAACAUUUUGUUUCCCCAACCGCCUCGGUGCACAGGAAUACUCGUUCAUGAGUUUUCACGAGGGUGCUCGCAUUCAAAGCAUUGAGAUCAAGUAAAUCUCUUACCUCGCUUGAAUUGCUGGAUUGAAAUUUUUUGUUUUCUUUUUCGCUUUGUCUAGCAGCAGGUGAUAAUGUUGCUCUAGGCCUUCAGCUUCUUCAGAAAUUGAGUUUGUUGAGAGCAAAUCCAAACAGAUGGACUCCUAAAGAAUCAUAACCUUUUUGUAAUGUUUUGCUUGCAAGAAUCACAUACAGUACAGUGUGAUCAGGUUUUUCUUUAAUGUGCCUUUAAAUGCUUCUUUCUUAGUUAUUUGCUAUAUUUUGAUU